GCUCCCCAGUUCAACCAGUCUCUCCCAGUCUCUCCCUCAUUUCUCAUCCCUCAUCCCUCUCCCUCAUCCACCCAAUCCGCCCAAUCCCAAUCCGCCCAACAUGUUCACGCAACCCCUCCUCGCAUUUCUCUUCUUCUCCCUGACCACCGCUUUUCCCCAGAGCAUGGUCCCUUCCCUCACCCCCUCCCCCACCUCCACACUGGACUUGAUUCCUGUGAUCAAGGGGAUGGAGGGGAUGGAGAUGGUCAAGGGGAUGGAGCCGAUGGAGGGCGCGGAGGAGAUGGAGGACAUCGUGCCCACCCCGACCGCGACCAUUGCCUACGCGAAGUUUACCACCACCCAGGUUUGCACAACGGAGUGUGUUACGUUUAUGAAUGAUUGUGGUGUGAGCUACGGCGGCUGCUACAUUGAUUGCUCGGGUGGACAGGAUGUGCCCACGUUUGAGGCGCCGGCUUGUCCUCCUAGAGAGGAGGGGGAGGUGGAGGAGGUGAAGGAGGAGGUGAAGGAGAAGGGGAAUGUGGGGCUCAAGUCGUUGGAUAAGGAGACGACUGGUGAGGUCAAGGCGGUGCAGGUGUAGAUGCAAAGCUUGGGCCGAAAUACCUAGAGUACUCCAGACUGGUUGCUGCUGGAUAUUCGGCUUCAAAAGCUCUAGACACUGGACGGGAGGUUGGAAUUUGGAACUUGGAAGUAGCAAAGCAGAGUAGAUAUAAUCUUAAUGUUUAUUUAGAAAGAAUCCAUGGAAAGAAUGCAAUCGUU